AUGCCGGAAGGCCCAAAGACAAGACCUGUUCCUGGGUCUGCUGCCAGUGUGAAGAAGGUGACUUUCGAGCAACCAGUGCUCGGCGACAAAUCAAUGGUUACUCGGUGGUUGAUGACUCGGAAAUCUUCGAGUCCCCUCGAGUGCACCCUCUGCAGGAGAUCCGGCCAGGAUCUCGAGCUGUCAAUCCACCUGAUUCAAGUGGCCGUUCACCCAGCCGGAAGCCGCCAGCUCGACCACCCCGGCCAAGGUCACCAGUGGAAGAUCGAAGACCCCCACGAGCUGGUAGACGGAUAUCUCCCCACACAACUUCAAAGACACCAAGGGACUCUUCUUCUAGCUCUCCCGAUAGGCCAUAUAUACAAGAGCGAGAACCUCGCCCAUAUCCCUUGCACCGAAGGAAUCCAAGCCCUGCACCGAGGUCAAGAGGUUCCUCGUCAAGCUCUUCUGAUAGGCCAUACAUACAGGAACGAAAUCCUCGUCUAUCUUCCAUGCACCCAAAGGAUCCAGGCCCUGAACAUGUCGUUCGUUCCCCGAAACGACGCGGCCGGUUAA